AAAAAGUUUCCCUCGUUCACAUGAGUUUGAUGAGGCUGCGUUCACCGGAGUGCCGUCAGCACUCAGUGUGUUUCACCAUGAACGGAGACCGAGAGCAGCUCAAAGGAUCUGAGCUUCAGCUGCCCGGACGCCUGCGGCGUGCCUAAAAGUGCAUGUUGGAAACCAGUUGAAGAUGCAGGGUGCCAUUGCACGAGUGUGUAUGGUGAUGGCCGCUGCCAUAUUAAACCACCCCUUGCUCUUUCCUCAAGAGAAUGCCACGCUCCCGGAGCAGGACGAGGAGCUGGUGGCUCGUAUGCGGGAGCACGAGGAGCGGCUGAAACUGGAGCGGGCGAGGCUGGAGGAAGAGCUUUCACAGCUUGAGGAAGAGCAGGAAGAAACCAGCUCGGAGGAAGGUUCUAGUUGGUACUUUUGGAGCGCUGUGUCUUUCGUUCUAUUCUUCGCUAUCGAGGUGUGCCGGUCGCAGGGUGGUGCAGACGCAGCAAUUCGGCCAGCGGAGGAUGAAGACGUGUUUUCUGAGAGCGGAUCCACCACCGCCAGGACGGUGGUGCUGGAUAAGGAUAUCCUGAGCAACUUCUGCGACAACUGCGCCUACACUUCAGCGCAUGAAAACUGGAGGGUGAGGGGGUUUGUCGAGGGUUUUGCGGAUGACCUGCUGGAAUCGCUCAGGAGCGUGUGCGACAGGCAGGCAGACAUGGAAGUCGGCGACUUUAUCGGGAUCGGAAGCAUGUUCGAGUCGUGGAAGGUGUGCAAGCCACUGAUGUGCGACCUUAUCGUGCCUUUCUCGCCUCCGGAGCCGUACUCCUUCCAGUUCCACCUGUGGUGCAGCCCUUCCAGUGACAUGCCUCCUGACAUGCAGGGUUGCGGCAGGAUAAAGGUGACCAAGUUCGGGGAGAAUGAGGAGGGCUGUCUCUGUGGCUCUGCCGACCUGGGAGAGGACAUGCUUUGUCUGUUGCACAGCAAGGACGACCCACUCAAAGUGGGCCGCAGUCCCGAUGAGCUGCUGUGCUCCAGGAACACACGUUUCUUAGCCAAAGAUCAAGUCAUGAAGUGGUUUCAGAUCUCGGUGACCAAAGCGUGGGGACGCAUCUCUUACAAAUACGACUUUGAGCUCAAUUUUCGCAACCUGGAUGCCGCCGGUGCUCUGAAGAUCAGAUUCCGUUCGGGCAAAGUGGUCGUAAUGAACAUCAUACCGGUGGUUCAGCUGGAGGAUACGGAUGCUUAUUUUGUCUCGCACUUCCCGUCAGAUUGUGACGGCACUCCUGACCCAUGCUGGCCCCUCUCUUUCGCUGUCUACGAGAGGAAUUUGCUGAAACAUUUCUCCAAACGCCUGCCACAAAACUCCUGUCAUUUGCACUGCCUUCAGAUUGUUACUUUCCUCCACAGAAAGCAGACAGAGCUCACAGGAAAAAGUGCCCUCACUAACUACCAUGUGAAGACUGCUCUGUUGCACUUGUUGCUGACCGAAGGGGCCUCUGCGUGGAGCAUUGAGAGCACGGAGCCCAGGCUUCGGGAUGUGCUCAGCUUCUUGCAGAGGAGCCUACACGAGAAGAGACUUCAUCACGUUCUGAUGGGGAACAGUAAAGUGCCAGAGGAGAUCCAGGUUCCUGAGAUGAUUCGCAAGGCACAGCCCGUCAAUCUGUUCCGGUCGCUGGUGUUGCAGAGGGAGCUUUAUGCAGCAACUGUUGGGCAUUUCCACGAGAUGUUGAGAAAUGCACCUGUGCUCUUACAAGAGUACACGCCGCACUUAUCCAACGGCGCUCUGCACCACAGGCCGGAUGCCAGCUUGUGAGCUUUGGCCAUAUUUCUUAUGACUAAAGCGCUGGCAGAUCUUUAAAUAUCGUUCAGUGUUACAAUUAGUUGCACGUGAUGCACAAUUACUCAAAUGAAGAAGGUGCACCAUUAUUUUAGUUACAGCUGAUAUCUUGACAUGAAGUUUUUUUUUUUUAUGCUGCUGCUUUCUUCACACUUGACAAGGAGCCCCUCAGUGUGACUGAGGGACUCCAAACAAUACAUACAUUCAACAGUGGGUUCUGUUUGUAAAAUAUAGUCCCACAAGAUUUGAUGGGUAUAUUUAAGUGAUUAUUAAUUAAAUCUGUAGGACCGUUACUGGUCAUAUUGCUUCUUUUAUCGGGUAACCUGCUGGAGAGAUUUUCCAGUAGAUCUGUCUGCCUUUAAGAGAAGCAGGAAGAUUUUAGAAAUGCUUUUGACCUUUUCAAAGAAAACACUAUGCACUUUUGUCAGUUGGAAAAGCAUUUUAACAAAUACCUAUAACAGUGCUUUUGUUUUCAUAUACUGUUGCAGAUCUGAUGGGCAGCUAAUAAUUAUGUUUUGCCAGUUAUGUUUGCUGUGUGUUCUUCAGUUUAUUACAUUAGACUACCCUGUGUGUGUGUGUGUGUGUGUGGGGAGGAGGGGGUCUAAUGUGGUUAUUGUUUAUAACCAACAGAAAGUUCAGGCCAUAGUCAUUACAUCCAGUUUUUAUUAAAGAUUGAUCAUUGAAAACACAUUGAGUCAGAUUUACUACCUAAUUUCCAUUAUUGUUUGUAUUAUUCCCCUCAAUCACAAAAUAAAUGGCCAGUAAAAAUGUUUCCCCCCCUUCAAUGUCAACUCAUCAUAGUUAAUAUAUUUUCCUAGUUCAUCAAAGUUAGAAAAACAGACAUAACCCCAGAGUAACAUAAUCAAAAGAUGGAUAUGAAUAAUAAAUGGUACAGUUUAAGGUUUUGAGCCCCUUUUUUCCCUACAGGCCAUAGUCGAAGUUGGGUUUCCCCUCUGCGUAAGUCUUUCCGAAGGCCUUGUGGGUGUCCACACUGUGCAUUGUGGCUUUGACAGCCACGUCCUCUAACAUUAGCUCCGCCCACUUCUUCAGAUCAGGUGUGCUGUCAAGACAGCUGAAAAGACAACGGGAAUCAAAUAAUUUGCCUAAUUACAACACAUGAACAUAAAGCGGCCUCAUGAAAUGUGACCCAUCGGACGUCAUGACGGAAGAAGACUGGUUUGCUCGGUUCUGAUGAGAUUCUGCUCUUCUCGCACGUCUUUUGUAUUGUACCUCAUUUCUACUGUUUACUCUCUAUGGUGACCUUGAGUGAAACGCUUCCAUAAAUAAAUUGUAUUCAUUUACA